AUGGCCCAGUUGGUCUUGGCCGUUAGCGAAAUCCACAAGCUGCACUUCAUUCACCGCGACAUCAAACCCGACAACAUUGCCUUCACUCGUGAGGGCCAUUUAAAACUCCUCGAUUUUGGCCUCGCCAGAUUUGCCCCUCACGUCUUCGAAGGGUUUGCAGACAGCGGUUUGGCUGAAGGCCUGGGUAGCUGCGCUGCUCCGAGCUGCGCCUCCACGACUCUGAGCACUGACGCUUCAGUGCAGCUCUCGGAGAAGCAGCACGACCACAACUCGGAAAGCGGAACCUCCCCUGCAGUUCCCCAAACCCUCCAAAGACCCACCAGCUCUUUGCUGCGCUCCAUCUGCGGCACCCCCAUGUACACUGCCCCCGAAGUGCUGCUAAUUCCGUACCCUUCCCCAAUAUCCUCAAUCCUCUCCCCCGAAGCGAUUUCUCUCAUGCAGAAGCUGGUGUGCGACGCGUCGGUGCGUUACAAAAGAGCUGCGGAUAUUUUGGCGCAUCCUUUUUUCAAAGAUGUAAAUCUUGAAACAAUUUUUGAGCAGCAGCAGCCGCUAGCAGCAGACACGCGAGCUUAUGCAGCAAGUCAUUAUCCUUCUCUUUUUGGGCCUGACGGCGAGCUGCUGCUGCAGCAGCAGCAGCAGCAGCAGGGGGGCAGUGGCGGCAGCAGCACCAGCAGCAGCCCCCUCAGGGAAGCCCCGCAGCACACACAAGCCGCCCACAGAGACAAGAAAAACCAGCUGCAGCAGCAGCAGCAGCAGCAGAAGCAGCAGCAGCAGACGCACGCGGGAUGCCUCGCGAGCCUCAGGGCAGCAGCCAGAGGCGCCAGACUAGCAGCAGCAGAGCAGCAGCAGCAGCAGCAGCAGCAGCAGCAGCAGCACCAUCACCACCAGCGCUGCCACAACAGCAAACACAUCCCGAAGCAAGAGCUCAGCCAAGAUGAAGAGGUGGAUUUGCUUUUCGCCCGAUACCCCUUCGACUUGCGAGCGGAAGCAAGUAGACCAAAAACAGAACAAAUUAUAAAUGACAAAAGAGUGCAGGCAGUGCUGCAUGCAGCAAUGCAGCAGCAGCAGCAGCAGGAGCAGCUGCAGCAGGAGGAGGAGGGGAAGCAGGGCGAAGCGGCAGACGCAGCAGCAGCAGCAACAGCAGCAGCAGCAGCAGCGAGGGAAGCAGAACGAAAAGGGAGAAGCAGCAGGCAGCCGCCGCAGUGCAAAGGGCCGGCCCUCUGA